GCAGUUGAACUAAACUCCCGGAACAACCAUUGUGGAGUCCUCUUCGAAAAAAACCAUUGUGGAGUCAACAACCGAUGCCACCAAAUAAAACCUCCAUCUCCAACCCAAGCGACUCCUCUUCCAUAUAGAUAUAUAUACAUGUAUCAAUCCUUGUAUUAAAAGUUAAUGUUGUGUGUAUUUUCAGUGUUUGUGUUUCAUGGCCACAGAUGAUUUCAGCUUCCCCACAGUACACAAAAGCAGUAGUACUAGUAACAUCCAUUUCCCUCCUCUGUGGCGGCCAUCUCCGGCAGCCGCCUGCACAGGUGAUGAAGAAGAUCACGCAGCCUUAAUAACUAGUCCUGUGGAGAAUAUCGAGGGGGUUGAUGAUGAUCAGAUAAUAGUUAGUAGUGAUGUUCGAGAUCAGGAGGAGAAAAUGGACAUGCUAUGGGAGGAUUUCAAUGAGGAAUUGUAUCCGGUAAGGUCAACGUCGGAUUACAGUUACGCGUCCGGCGAGAUGCUGCAACUGGGUUGUGUAGGUCUUGGUGCUUUCAACUUGUCCAAAUCUAAUGCUGCUAGAAAUAGUAGUACUAUUACAAACCCAGGUGUGGUCGUGAUUGUCAAACUCUUGAAAAAGCUAUUCUUCCUCCAUAAUUCUCAUCAUCACAACCUCAACAAACCUGCAAAUCGGUGAUCAAAUCUACCUCUCACUGUGUCAUCAUAUGUUGUAUACAUGUGUGUGUAUCAUUUUGUCACAAACAUCGUUAUAUAUUUUGUCUUAAUAAACAGUAAUGCAGCCAAGUACUUGAAUGUAAAAAUAGAGAAAUUAAUGAUCAUAUUGUAUUAGCUAAGAUUGUGUAUAGUACCAAUUACUGAAUUUUUAUAUAGUACAUGUUUUUUCCCC